AUGGAACGGUACGAGAGCCUGGGUGUGGUGGGCGAGGGCUCCUACGGCUUGGUACUCCGCUGCCGACACAAGGAGUCAGGUCAGACCGUCGCUAUCAAGAAGUUCUUGGAGAGUGAAGAUGAUCAUACUGUCAAGAAGAUUGCCCUCAGGGAGGUCCGGAUGCUUAAGAAACUGCGGCAUGAGAACCUGGUCAACCUGAUCGAGUUCUUCCGCCGCAAGCGACGCCUGUACCUAGUCUUUGAGUACGUCGACCACACCAUCUUAGACGAACUGGAGGCCACGGAGACGGGCCUGGACGAGACCACCACCAGGGAGCACAUCUUCCAGGUGCUUCGGGGCAUCGCCUUCUGCCACCAGAACCAGAUCAUCCACCGAGACAUUAAGCCAGAAAACGUCUUAGUGAGCCGUCUUGGAGUGGUUAAACUGUGCGACUUCGGCUUCGCCAGGUUGCUGGCGGGUCCUGGAGAGUCUUGCACGGACUACGUGGCCACCAGGUGGUACCGGGCGCCGGAGCUCCUCGUGGGCGACACCAGAUAUGGCAGGGAGGUGGACGUGUGGGCAUCAGGAUGUUUACUCUCUGAGAUGCUGACGGGAGAACCACUUUUCCCAGGAGAGUCAGACAUAGAUCAACUUUUCCACAUUAUCCAGACACUUGGGGAGCUGAGCUCGUCCCACCGUCAAAUGGUUGAGAGGAACCCAAUGCUGGCGGGCCUGCGACUUCCGGCAGCAGCAUCCACACCUCUCAUCUCCUCCUUCCCAACAUGGUCGAGCCGCGUCCACUCCUUCAUCGCUAAAUGCCUCUGUCUGGAGCCCUCGGCACGCCCGUCGGCGCAGGAGCUCCUCAACCACGAAUUCUUCACUCACGAUGAUUUCCCAGAGACAUUCCUGCCGGUGCUCCGGCAGAAGGUACAGCAGGAGUUCAGCGGCAAUACCCUCCUUGGCCUGAAUGGGCGACGAGGCUCGAGCACAACGGACAGACGAGGACGGGGGAGUAAGGCUCCCGGAGGCACGAGCCCCGAGAGUGUGUACGGCACGGGCCUCACAAGGGCGCUACAGACUCACCCACCACCACCACCCACCACCACCAAGGCUGAUAACCCGCCCCCGGUCAGAUGCUCACCUACGAAGCUCUCCCACAUAAACCAGCCACAGGGACAACAGCAAAUCCCCCUCACUCGUCCUACAGUAUCCUUCGCCCCUCUAACGCCCUCCCACGUCAGGAGCGAACCUUCUGGACCCAGCACGGGAGGAGUCACCACCACUACUACCACCACCACCAGCAGCUCAGGCGUAGUAUCCAAUGAAGUGACAUCCGUCAACCUGCACUCCAUGCUCAUCCCGCCCUUGCGAGACAUGCACACAGGGGCUCCGUCAUCCGGCACGCCCUCUACCAAUGUUCCCACAACCACCAUCAACAACAACACCAUUGCUCUCACACUUCACAUCGCUGCCACUGCUAAUAUUCCAUCACCAGCACGCACUAGCAGAGGAAACGAAAAAGGCCGUAAGUCUCCAGUCAGCCUCUGGGGCACCAGCCUUAAAAGCCGAGGUCAGGGUCUCUGCAUUCAGGGUCAAGGCCAGGCUCCAGGCCAAAGCCAGGGCCACUGGGAUGAAGACGACCACUUUGGCUUCGGCUUGGCACUAGAGGGGCCCCCGUCCAUCAUCUCAGGCCUUCGCCAUCAUCCGAGUGAUGCCGCACGCCCCUCCGACGCCUCCCGGACCAGCGAACUCACCCGCCACCCGUACACCAUCAGCCUGGACCGGACCAAGGAGCUGGUGUCACGAGAGCCGAGGGAGAACGCGACCUAUAGAGACAGUCACUUUAGGGAGUUCGCAAGGGACCCACUCAAGGAGAUCAAAGAUAACCCCAGGGAUCCACUCGGGCACAGGGACUUGAGGGACUCUGUUCGUCGUCAGAAGUUCGAGGUUAUGGGGUGGUCUAAGAGAGGGGCUCUCAACACCGACCUCUCUCUUCCCAACGUCCCUGGAGUUUCAUCGGCUGUGCCUACAGGAGUGAGCAGCCCUAAGAAGAGUGGCGGGGAGGGAGCAGGAGGCUUGGCCAGGACCCGCAGGAGCGGCGCAGGGGUCACAAUGCCCUGUCUCGGUGCUCUGCAGAGGAACUCAGCCACCUCGAUCGACUCGGCAUCGCCAUCCCCUCUAGCGAAUCUGCCGUAUGUCUGACAAAAUAGACCUAAGCUUGUAAGGCCUCGCCUAGGCCCUCCAGGCUUUGAUAAGCUCCCUCCGUGCGUAAAUAAGUAUGCCUCGUCCGUAGACAAGUACGUACCGGGUGUGGACAAGUACGUACCGUGUGUGGACAAGUACGUAAUGGGCGUGGAUAAGUAUGUUCCAAGUUUGAGCAAUGUUCGCCCCAUAUGCCGACAAGUUAGCCCUGCUCGUAGACAGAAACUCGCGCUUGGAAAAGUUCGGCCUCGCGAAUGACUACAAUUUUCAUGAUACAAGUCAUGGGCUCAUUCCAGGUGUGUACAAGCCCUCCCCAAGCUUGGGUGAUCUUACGCAAUGUGAAUACAAGACGUCUCCAAGGUUGAAAGAUCUCAAAACCACGUACACAAACAAUCUCCGAGCUUAGAAAAUCUCACUGAAUGUGUGUUUACGCAUACUCAUCCAAAGCCUGGGAGAUCUCACUCUCAUACAAGCCUUCUUCAAGCUUGUAAUGUUUUGCCUCAUGUAUAACAAUGCUUUCCUAAUUAAGUAAGAUAUAUCCACUUGAACUUUUGCAACUAUGCUAAUGUGGGCGUCUUUUCGUUGAUCUCAUGUCAAUGUCUGGAGUCUUGAAGUGUAAAUUUUAUCCUAGUUACGAUAUUAACGAUUACCCUGGUUUUUGGGUGUCAAACUAUUUUCUGUGGUUAAAUGGAGCGCUGACUUUGGUCUCACAUAAGUAGAAAAUCAUUUUCUGGUUUGUCCAAAUUCAGUAGUAAUGAUUUGUACUUUCUAAUUGUGUUGUACGUUUGUAUAUAUAUACUACUGUCCUCAUCCUUCCUCUAAGUACAGUACUACCCAAGCUGGAGGAUGGGCUGCACGAACCUUAAGUUUAAGAGCAAAUCCAGCAAACACACGGUGCUGUAAAAACGUUUUGUUAUGUCAUAAAAACGUUUUGUUACAUAAAAGAAACGUUUUAUGUAAAAAAAAAGUUAUGUUACAACAUCAAAAAACGUUAUGCUAUGUCAACAAAUGCUGUGGUUAUGUUGUGGGUUGGGUGGGAUGUGUGGGUUUGGACUCUCUGUGCCCACAUGGUAAAAAAAAACUCUUACUGAUCCAGUUCAGUGGGGAAAUCCAGAGUUACAACUUCAGUGCUCAAAUUACCUAUUUAUUACUCUUAUAUUUGUAAUCACUUAAUAAUAUAUAUAUUUAUUUGGAACCGUAACAGGAGCUAAAAAUUCUGUUUCUUUUUUGCUUUUUAAUAGACGAAGACAUUUAAGAAAAAAAUAACAUUGGAUAUUUAUUAACUCCAGGAAAGAUUAGGAUCUAAGCAAUCACGCCAAAAGCAAAUUUUUCACGAGAAUUUGAAUAGGUCUAUAGAUAUUAGUUUUAUUUUCACGAGUCAAGGGUGCAUAAGACUCUUAAGAUCUCGGUUUAAUUUUGAUAUAAAUAUUAAUUCACUGACACAUGUGAAAGGUAUAUAUAUAUAUAUAACAGGAGUAUUUGAGGUGUAUAGAUUGACAUAUCUUGAGAGUGUAGUCAUAUAAGGUUGCUGCUCAAGAUGUUUUUUUAAGGUCUUAAUGUCUGAAACAAGUGGAACUUUUGUAAAAGUCAAAAGUCGAGCCCAGAAAGAAUACGGUAAUAGCCGGUGAACUUUACUCUCUCGAGAGAGAAGCUCAAAGAAUAUUUUGGACAUCAAAGGAAAUGAUUUAGAGGAACACGUACAGUAAUGUUUGGUGAGUAGGAAUUUUUUAACAUGGACUAUGAAUAGUUAAUUAUGAGCCUUAAGUGCCAAGCCACUACGACUACUUAGCCCAUUGGAUUGAUGUGAGGAAAAGGAGCGUGGAUAGGACAAGGAGCUGGGAUAUGAGGACAAGGAGCUGGGAUAUGAGGACAAGGAGCUGGGAUAUGAGGACAAGGAGCUGAGAUAUGAGGACAAGGAGCUGGGAUAUGAGGACAAGGAGCUGGAAUAGGACAGAAGGAAGAAAGGAAACCUAACCACUUGAACCAUAGGGGGAUCGAACGCUAACCCAGCAAGAAGCGAACCCGCAGCUGUACCGACCUAUCCAAGUGGUUGUCGGGUUUGAAAAAUACUAAUGUAGAAAAGCCCAACACCCACACACACACUCGAAAAUGAAAAUGCUGAUGUUUCGGACCCUGAACAGACCGAGACAUCUAUACCCUCACGUAUUUGGCUGUUUUCAACCACGUUCUUGUAAACAUGUGGUUGCAAAAGUGAAACAAGAAAAUAUUAUUAACAAACGUGGAAUGGUGGUUGUGUAUGUGUGUAUGUGUAUGGGAUGUUUGAACAGCAUUGCCUAUGUGGAUUUCGUGACAAAUGUAACUACUUUGUAUGUUGCUUGUGGGAGGGAAGAUGGGGUAGAGGGGGUGUCACACCACUUCCCCCACGACCAAAGUCUUAGCCAGUCGCCGGGAAGAAAAAUAAUAAUAAUAAUUUGUUUAACAGAACUAUUGUUACUGGCGAACUCAAAGGCUUGAGAGCAAGCCUGGCCUGUCUUAAGUUCUCAGACGAAUGUGUUGGUUAGACGUUCUUGUGCUCAAAGGACCAAUAGAAAUAUAUAUGACGUUGGUCCAGAUUAUUGUGCUGCUCGUAAAUGUGUUUGCGGCUUCUUUUGUGUGAUCAUACUGUGAAUAACUCUCACUAUCAUACAUCUGUUGUGGUUCAUAUAUGUAGAUAUUUAUAUCUGUUUUGAAGUCAUUAUAUAUAUUUCAUUCACUUGUACCAUCAGAGAUUCGAAUCCGGACCUGAAAAAUAUACGAGCCCCUUCACUCUACAAACCAGGCCAGGAUAGCGUAAAUGAAAUGUUUACCGCUCACGAUAUUGUGGAAUGUGUGUGAUAUGGAUUAAUAAGUGGAUUGCUUCCAGAUACCUUAGGAACGGUUUAAGCUCUCGGUUAAGUACCAGUUAGGUACUCCUGAGACCCUUCCUUAUAAUAAUUAUCCUGGCCUGGUUGCUAGAGUGACGGUCUCGGAUAUAUUAAUAAAAACUGCAGAAAAGUUUUAAAAUCUGUAAAUACUUUUGAAGCCCUCAAAAGUAUUUGGUGAUAUUUAUUCAACUUUUAUCCUUCAUUGUAUGUAACUCUGUGACACAUAUCGGCUCACAAGUCAAGAUCUCUCACUCUGGAAGAUAUUGAGGAUAUUCACUUAAUUUUACCCUUAACCUUCAAGA